UUGGUGAAUAAAAUCUGCCCUUGCUUCUGUUCUUGCUCUGCCCAGACCCUGGUCACAACGACCGACCGACCGACCGCUAGACUGAUUGGAGAGCUCCUGGAGAGGGAGGACGGACAGAACUUCUUCCCUACGGACCACCCUAGCCACUUGGACCUUGGAGGAGAGCAGGGCAAUCCUUUCAGACAUCGCCACAGCAGAAUCUGCCAAGUUAGAAGACAACCUGCCUCGUAAGGACAUGGCUUUGGUGCAGACUCGAACGCUCAGCCAUCAGACAGGGGAGGAAUAUGAGGCCGAUGUUGAGUUGCAAAGGGGCAAGGAUGGCAAUCUGGAUGGGGACUUCACUGAUGAGAAAGAAGUGGAAGUUGAAGAUGAUGCCCUGACAAAUGAAGACUGGAAGUUUCUAAAACAGUUCCCGAGCUGGGAAAAGAAUGAGAAGAAGCGCAUUACAAUGCUCUAUGCCAUCGCAGACCACAUUGACAAAAGCCACCAAAAAGCUACCAAGACCAAAGUGGUGACUACCUCUGCGUCAGUCAUCUCUGGAGCAAUGAGUCUCCUGGGUUUGGCCUUGGCUCCAACAACGGCAGGGGCAAGCCUGGUACUCACUGCUGUUGGGAAUGGUUUGGGGGCAGUUGCCGGGGUCACCAACAUCGUGACCAAUGUGAGGGAAAACUCUCGAAACAAAAGAGCCCUAGCUCAGGCCAACAGCAUCAUGCCUGGCAGUGACCAGGAGCUUGACGAGGUCAAGGGAGAGAAGACAACCUAUGUCACAGCCGCCGGUAAGCUUAUCUACAAAUGUGGGAGUGCCUGGGAUAUCAUCAAAAAGCACCUCCAAGCCCUCCGGAUAGCCAGAACACAACCCCACGUCACCUCAGCUGCCAAGAGGCUCAUGACUACUGGCCAAAUAUCAACUCGAAGCAGCCGGCAGGUGCAAAAGGCCUUUGGGGGCACAGCCCUGGCAAUGACCAAAAAUGCUCUGAUGAUCGGGCGUGUCACUGCUGCCUUGUCCCUUGGCCAAGACAUAUAUACUCUCUGGGAGGACUGGAAGGAUCUGAAGUCUGAAACUCCAACAGAGCUCGCAAAAGAGUUAAGAGCACGAGCUGGGGAACGGGAGUGGGUGUUAUCAGAACUCACCCAUCGUUAUGAAAAGCUGAAGAAACUGGAAAAGAGGCCUGUGGGGUCUUCUUUGAAAGGAGACAAGGAGACUCAGCCUCAACCUCUAUCCUCAAUUGAGAAAGCAAGACUCAGGUGACAGUGGCUGUGGAAGAGGAGCUGAGACCUUGAGUCUUUGAGAUCAGUGAAGGGGGACCAGGGUUGUUGGGGGGUGGGGGGAAUGGCUGGAGCUCACACACAGGGAGGUGCCAGGGAGGCCCCUAGGGUCUCAGAAGAAAGAACCCUGUCAGCCCCAUUCUUGAGCCUUCCUUCCCUCUGACCUAGCCAUCACUACCACUCCCCUGGGAUCCCCCAUCACUCACUUGUACAGCCCCUGCUAGGCUUUGGACAGACACUGCUUCCUGCCAGCUUCCACAGCAAUUAGGAAAGAUAAGCUUUGAGGGUCCCUCCCCCAUCCUCACCCCUCUCUGUGCUCUCUGCCUCCCAGUCCAGUGGGAACUGUAGGCUCAGAGCCAAGCUUGCACACAAAGGUUGUCACUGGAACCUGCUAGGCCAGAUUCCUGGGGAAGGAGAGAGGGAAGUCUGUGCUCAUCUCUUCUGCCCUAAGUUCUGAGCUGACUGACUGCCCUGUCUCCUGUCUUAAAAACCCCUUUCUCUUUGAGUCCUCAUUGCUGGUUUGAAAGUCACACAUGGGCGCUAAAAGACAAAGCAACCAAGCUAAACCAAACCCCACACAGUCGGGGAAGGAAAGGCUAAGGAAGAACUCUCACACGAGGUUUGGGACUGUGGCCCACCCACACAAGACUCCUGCUGUAUUAUACAGUUGUAUUGCAGCCCUGGGAGCUAAGCAAAGUAGGAGAGGUCACCCUACAGCACUGUGGAGUGGGGGCUUUGUUUAUAAAUCCUGAGACUGUUGGACUCUAAGAAUCCAAACCCAAACCCACGGGAAG